GUUAGCUAAUUAGUUAGCUUAACAAGCUACUUAGCUUAAAAAAAUGGAUAUGGGUCAUUUUUGACCCAUGUUGUGCAUUAAAAGAAUAGUGACUCAAAAGGUAUUUUAUUCAAAAAUUAAUAAAGGAAAAUAUAAAAUUAGAAUGUAUGAUGAUCAAAAAAUAAAUAAUUGAUGAAAACCUGGAAUACUGAAUGAUGAAAAUAAUUUAUUGCACAGAUAAAGAACAUUAAAAACGCAUAUAUGUCGGGUCACUUUAAAGCCAUGUUGUGCAUCAAAGGGUUAACAGACGGGAAGUUUUUUCUUUUUCCUGCCCGGAGUCAUAUGAUAUGAUGUGGGUGUAAAGGAAGGAGGACCACUGCUGGCUGUCACACAGGAGAGGAAACACUGUUUCUUUUUAUUUUCCACACAGAAACAAGAGAAAAUCCACAAAGAGGAACAAGUUUCUCUGCCAGGGGAAAGUUAUCGGAGCACGGUGACGUCACCGUCUGAAGCGAAACCACUAGAUCAGCUUCUGUAAAAAACGUGACAGCAGCUCAGCCGAACUGUAGCUACUGUAAUAUUAUGUAAUAUAGAUCAUAUUUAAUAUUGUGGAUUUAGGAAAUGUGCGGCAUUUCACUCGUUUCUUCAAAAGCUUCUGUUUUGGCAAUGGAGCAUGUGUGUGGCCGAAGCUGGAGGCUCGGUUCUGACGGAUUUUACCGGUGAAAAGAGCAUUUUAAAGGACCAUGGUUAACAAAGAGGAGCUGGAGGAAAGGCUCAAGAAACUUCUGGUGAGGCUGAAAAUCCCGCAAGAGGACAGACAACUGUGCACACUGAUCCAAAUCAUCCAGGAUCUGCUUUUUCUGGCGCACACCGACAAUGCAGCUGAACUGUUUUUGGACAAAGACGUCCACGCCCCCCUCAUGGUGGUGCUGUCAUCCUACAUGAGCAGCAAAGGAGUCCAGCAGGUGGGCUGGUCGCUGCUCUGUCGGCUGAUUGAAAUAUGUCCCAACACGCUGGAGGAGCUGAGCAGACCUCUGCAGGCCGCCAAGGACUGGGACGUACUGGGAGUGCACCAGCAGAUCCUGAAGGCGUUAUCUCAGUACGGCUCAGACUGCAGAGUGACCAUGGUGGGCCUCAGAGCGCUGGCUCUCCUGCUCAGAUCAGACAUGAUUCACCUGCUGGUGCUGGAGGAGGAGGACGACGUGUUCGGUCUGGUGGUGCAGGCCAUGAAGGCGUUUCCUUCCAGUGAGGAGGUCCAGCUGCAGGGCUGUGGAGCUCUGCAGCUCCUCCUGGAGAAAGUGACUGACGACCACCUGGUGGAGUUUGUGGAGAACCAGGACCACCUGGUGGUUCUGGCGGCUCUGCAGACGUUCCCCGACAGCCCCGAGCUGCUGCUGCAGGCCAUGAAGGUGCUGCUCCCUCUGGCUCGCCCCGGCAGUAACGUGGAGAUGUUGAUGUCUGGAGGCGCUCGCUGUUACAGCGUCGUCAUCGGCGCCAUGGACGCCUUCCCCGAGGAGGAGGAGCUGCAGGAGACGGCCUGCCGCCUCUUCAGGAGGUUCACCUCAGAGAGUUACUACAACAUCCUGGUGCUGAACGGCGUGCAGCGCGUGGCGGUGAGAGCCUGUCAGACGUUCCCCGACAACGCGGCGCUGCAGGCCGCCGCCCUCUCCUGCCUGGCUGACCUCACUGCCACCAUCGUGCAGAACAAAGCGGUGGCGGAGCAGGCUCUGGAGGACGGGGAGGAGGAGGAGAACCGGGGCAGGGAGCAGGUGGAGGACAUGGGUCUGGGCUGGAUGGAGGCCUGCUGCACGGCGCUGGAGCUCCACGCUGAUGAGCCGGAUGUUCAGGAAGCUGCCAGCUGGGCCAUUCACAAUCUGUUACUGCACGGAGCAGGAGUGAAGCAUUCAGAGGAGCAGCAGGAGGAGAGGACUCCUGUCCACAGACAGCUGAUGGCCGCCCUGCUGCUCCACUCCUCCUCUCCCAGAGUGUUUCAAGCUGCUGCCAGCGCCAUCGCCACGCUGCUCACACACAACAGUAAGAUGCGUUCCCUGCUGCUGUCCAGUGGGCUCCAUGUAAACCUGGUGGACAUGAUGAAGAGACACUCGACCUCGGCUGAAGUUUCCAUCAGCGCCUGUAAACUGCUCAGCCUGCUCUUCCAGGGGAGGACAGCCAGUCUGGACGAGCUGAACAUGGCUCUGAGUCAGAUCCUCAGCAGCAUGAAGGUCCACAACUUCCAGCCCGAGGUGCAGCUGGAGGCUCUGCAGGCCAGCCUCGUCUUCCUCUGUCCAGAUCGCAGUUUAAGGGAGCACGGCGUCUCGGUGGCGGAUCCAGACAUGGCCGACGUGUCGCUGAGGGUCCUGAAGAACCAGUGUGUGGUGGAAGGAGCUCACACUCUCUACCUGGAGGUUCUCAACAGGUUCAUCAGCAGCUCCACCAUCCAGAAGUCUGGUCUGAAGGUGCUGUCUGCUCUGGCUGACUGCUCCGGUGCGGUGGACCUGCUCUGCCAGCAGGGGGCGAUAGACACGGUGCUGCACACACUACAGAUGUUCCCUCAGGACCGAGAGAUACACUACUGGGGUCUCACCCUGCUCAGCUACCUCGUCUCCAAGAAGAAGCUGUCGAGGAUGAUCGUUCCUGUUCUGGCCUCCGUUGUGGUCGCAUCUCUCGUCCAGUACAGAGAAGACUCAGAGAUGCUCCUGAAGUGUUUCCAGGUGGCUCUGAGGAUGCUGGACGCCUGCUCCGGAGCAGCUGCUGAGCUGCAGAGAGAAGACUUUGACAGGCAGAUCUUCCAAUAUCUCCGAGAGGAAACUCCUGACCAGAACAACAACGCUGUGAGUCUGAUGCUGCACAGGUCCGUGUGUCUGGCUCUGUCCAAGAUGCGGGGCGACGCCCAGCUGCACUACAGCAUGCUGGAGAAGGCCUGCGAGGACGGAGACACCACGCUGGCCGAGUGUCUGAUCGAGCUGGGCGCCGACAUCAACGGGAAGACCAAAACAGAAUCUCUCAUCUACCAGGUGUGUGAGCGAGGCGGCCCUCUGGAUCUGGUGGAGCUGCUGCUCAGCCGCGGCGCCCAGGAGCAACACCUCCGCAGAGCUCUGGCUGUGAGCGUGAAGCGCGGCGAGGGACCCACGGUCAUCCAGCUGCUGGGCCGUCUGGGUCUGGACCUCAACAACAGCGCCCUCUGCCUCGGAGGCUUCAGGCUGGGCCGCCUGGACGCCGCCUGGCUCAGCCCCCUGCUGGCCGAGAGAGGCAGAGCACACAGCCUGCGUUACAACAACAGUAAAGGUAUGAGCUUGGCGAGGUACAUUGAGUCUCUCCAGAAGUCGAAGAGUACCAGCGGCCCUCCCAGAUCUGUGGGCGACCCAUGUCUGACCUCGGGCUACAUCUCUGACGAGAGCGACGACUCCAGCUUCAGCUUCAUGUCCAUGGACGACAGCUUGUUGUACAACAACGACGACAUGGAGAGUGACGGCAGUGAUUCUCUGUCAGGUGUUCUGUCUCCGAAGCCUCAUAAUAACUCGACAGAGGAGUUGAGGGGCGGUUCCUCUAAAAAGAAGCAGGUCCGCCGCAGACACGUCAGUGCAGAGAGCGGUCAGACUGAGCACGAACACAGUGAACAUGUACACAGGAGGAAUGGAAGGACCGGCUCAGGACAAAGAGUGUUUGGAUCUGGAGAGAGUUCAGCUGCUCUGUCUAAAGAGAAGGAGAGGAUCCGUCUGCUGGACCUGUCCGGUAACGAGUUGGACUCUCUGUCCUGUCUGAUGGACGACGGGUUCGUCCAGCAGCAGCUGGGACAUCUGCUCCGCCUCGACCUGAGCCACAACAGCCUGCAGCAGUUCCCUGCAGCUCUCUGCAAGAGUUUACAGAGUCUGACUCGUCUGGACCUGCAGGGGAACCAGCUGCAGUCUCUGCCGGUGGAGCUGCUGUCUCUGCUCUCUCUCAGCAUGCUCAACGUCUCGAGGAACUGUGUGGGUCCCCAGCUGACCUUUGACCCCGCCGUCACCUGCCCGUCGCUGCGGCAACUCAACCUUUCCUUCAACAAAAUCACCAGGUUCCCUGAGGAGCUGGGCCGCGCCAUGGAGCAGCUGGAGGAGCUCUUCAUGGAGGGGAACAGUGUAACGGAGCUCUGUGAGCCUCUGAAGCUGCCGGAGAUCAAACUGCUCGACGUGAGCAAAAACAGCGUGGAGAACAUUUCUCCAGACUUCCUGACCUGCUGCCCCAAACUGGAAACUUUCAGUGCCUCCAUGAACAAAAUAGGUUCUCUGUCUCAUCUCCCGUCAAAGAUCACGACACUGAAACUAGCAAACAACAGCUUCACUUCAGUUCCUGAGGCCAUCCGCAACCUGCCCAAUUUGCGUUCAGUGGACAUGAGGACCAACAACAUAGCGGAGCUGCCGGGUCCAGGUCUCUGGGAGUCCAGUAACCUGAGGGAGCUGAUGUUCAGCCAGAACUCCAUCAGCGUUCUGGAUCUGAGCGGUCCCAUCUACAAGUGGAGCCGACUGGAGAAGCUGCACCUGAGCGACAACAAGCUCACUGAGAUCCCUCCUCAGAUCGGCCUGUUGGAGGGUCUCACCUCUCUGGACGUGAGUCGGAACACCAACCUGCGCUGCUUCCCCGAUGAGAUGGGCAAACUGGGCCGGCUGUGGGAUCUUCCACUGGAGGGACUCAAACUCCAGCUGGACCUCAAACUCAUCGGCAGCAAAACCAAAGACAUCGUCAGGUUCCUGCAGCAGCGGCUGAAGAAGGCCGUCCCGUACUACCGUAUGAAGCUGAUCGUGGUCGGGAACGCCGGCAGCGGGAAGACGACUCUGAUCCAGCAGCUGAUGAAGCUGAAGAGAUCUCAGCUCAACUCAAAGCAACCUGCGGUGGGCAUCGACGUCCGGGACUGGACCAUCAGGGAGCGGGACAAGAAGAUGGUGCUCAACGUCUGGGACUUCUCAGGUGGAGAGGAGUUCAGCGGCUCUCACCCUCACUUCCUGACCUCCAGAGCUCUCUACCUGGUGGUCUACAACCUCAGCAAAGGAGCCAGUCAGGUGGACGCCCUGAAACCCUGGCUCUUCAACAUCAAGGCUGUAGCUCCUCUGUCCCCCGUCAUCCUGGUGGGAACUCACACAGACGUGAGCGAUGAGCUGCAGCUUCAGUCCUGCCUGACUAAGAUGAGAGAGGAGCUGCUGAACCACCAGGGCUUCCCCGCCAUCAGGGACUACUACAUGGUCUGCGAGGACUCGGACGCCAUGGCCAAGCUUCGCAAGGCCAUCGCCAGGGAGGUCACCAGCUUCAAGAUCCAGGGCCAGCCUGUGAUGGGCCAGCUGGUUCCAGACAGCUACGUGGAGCUGGAGCGCCGGGUUCUGCAGGAGAGAACCAGGGUUCCCCCAGAGUUCCCCGUUCUCAGGCACCAGGAGGUGCUGCAGCUCAUCCAGGAGAGUCAGCUGCAGCUGGAGGAGGCGGAGCUGCCCCACGCCGUCCACUUCCUCAGUGAGGCCGGGGUUUUACUGCACUUUGAUGAUCCUGCACUUCAGCUCCAAGAGCUCUACUUCAUCGACCCUCAGUGGCUCUGCAACAUCAUCUCCCAGAAACUGACAUUAAAGGGCUGUGGGAGCUUCUGGGAGCAUCCUAAAGGAGUCGUUCAGCGCUCUGUGGUGGAGAAGUUUCUCUUUGAGACCAAAUGUUUCCCCAAGAGCCACCUGACGCAGUUCUACAAGCUGCUGGAGAAGUUUCAGAUCGCUCUGCCCUUCGGGGAGGACCAGCUCCUGGUUCCCAGCAGUUUGUCCAAACACCGGCCGGUGAUCGACCUGCCUCACUGUGAGAACUCAGAGGUGAUUGUGCGUCUGUACGAGAUGCCGUACUUCCCCAUGGAUUACUGGUCUCGCCAGAUCAGCCGCCUCCUAGACGUCUCCUGUUACCUGCUCUGUGGAAGAGGUAAAGUGGUGCGACCCAACCGGAUCUACUGGAGGAGAGGCGUGUACCUGAGCUGGUCCCCGGAGGCCUACUGCCUGGUGGAGGCCGCCUCGGGGGACGAGAACUCCUCCAGCUGCGUCAGGAUAACGGUGCCCUCGUCACGCAAAGGCCGGGUGCUGCUGGGUCAGGUGGUGGACCACAUCGACUCCCUGCUGGAGGAAUGGUUCCCUGGGCUGCUCAACACAGACAUGCACGGCAGCGGAGAGGCUCUGCUGAAGAAGUGGGCUUACUACAGCUUCCAGGACGGCCAGGAGUGGAGAAAGAUGCUGCUGGAGGAGCUCUUCACCCGCUUUGACAACGUACCAACCAUAGAUUCGCUGCUGAAGGAGGACGGCUACACACUUCCCAUCUCUCAGAUCGCUCCUGACUUGGUGCUGCUCGACCAGCCUGCAGGAACGAUACUGGACAGCGAAGAGCUGCAUGUAGACAUGACUAAAGAGAACCGGCUGGGGGACGGUGGCUUUGGGACGGUCUAUCGAGGUGUCUACAAAAAUGAAGAAGUAGCUGUGAAAAUAUUCAACAAGCACGCAUCUGAGCUUUACAUCCACAGACUCCUCAGACAGGAGUUGGCGGUGCUGGGGCGCCUCCGCCACCCCAGCCUGGUGGGUCUGCUGGCAGCCGGCUCGGCCCCUCCGGUCCUGGUGAUGGAGCUCGCUCUGAGAGGCUCUCUGGACUCUCUGUUUGAACACGAGAACGGCAGCCUGAACAGGAAGCUGCAGCACAGGAUCGCCCUGCAGGUGGCCGACGGACUCAGGUACCUUCACUCAGCUAUGAUCAUCUAUCGGGACCUGAAGCCUCAUAACGUCCUGCUGUUCAACCUGAAGACCGACUCCGAGAUCAUCGCCAAGAUCACCGACUACGGCAUUGCUCAGUACUGCUGCAGCAUGGGAGUGAGGAGCUCCGAGGGCACGCCAGGUUUCCGAGCUCCGGAGGUGGCCCGAGGAAACGUGAUCUAUAACCAGCAGGCGGACGUCUUCUCCUUCGGCCUGCUGCUCUACGACCUCCUGACCUGCGGAGAGAGAAUCUCUGACGGCAUGAAGUUCCCCAGCGAGUUCGACGAGGUCGCAGUGCAGGGAAAACUGCCGGAUCCAGUGAAACACUACGGUUGCUCCCCUUGGCCCGGCUUCCAGGCGCUGAUGAAGGACUGUUUGAGGGAAAGUCCUCAGAGUCGACCCACUUCUGCUCAGGUGUUUGACAGGCUGAACUCAGGGGAGAUGUUGUGUCUGAUGAGGGACUUCGUGGUCCCCAGAGCGUUUAACGCUGAGUGCUUCACGCUGAGCUCCGACAGCGUGGACGGCCCCUCCAGCAGCCACAGAGCCUGGCUGGGUGGAGGCAGCAGCACCAGGAGGCUCGGCUCCAUCACAGCCGUCGACCUGGACACCAGCACCGUCACCACACAGGAGGUCGACACCAGCCCUGUGUUGUGUAUCGUGACCGUCCAAAUCCCAACGGAGGCCUGUGAUUGGCUGGUAGCGGGCACCCAGUCCGGCUCAUUAGUGGUCGUUAGCACUCAGGACACGUCGACGUGUCACCACCUGCAGAGUGUCUCGGACGCCGUCACCUCGCUCUACUUCCACGUUCACCCUCGCCGCACCCAAAGAAAGAAUUACCUGCUCGUUGGGACUGCAGAUGGAGUUCUCACUGUUUAUGAGGACUCUGUACUAAAGCAGGAGAACGGUCAGCCGGUUAAAACUGUGACUGUGGGGAACGUGAACACGCCCGUCAUGUGUCUGGGCCAGUCGGUGUAUUCUCUGGACAGCAGGUCGGUUUGGGCCGCCUGCGGGACCAAGAUCCUCUCCUUCACCGCCGACUACGACGUCUGCAAGAAGAUCGACACCAGACCCAACCUCAUCUUCCAGCAGCAGCGGUCGUUGGGAGGUGAGGCGUGUGUGUCUCGGAUGGUCGUGGAUAAAUAUGUUUACCUGAGCAAAGGGACGCCAACCGUGGAGAUCUGGGACAAGAGGAGCGAGAGGAUGGUCGACUGCAUCGACUGUGCUCAGAUCAUCAGACAUGACUCUGGCUGCAGAGGCAGGAAGGGCAGCGAGGUGGAGCUGGCGUGCGAGGCGGCGCCCCCCUGGGCCCGGGUGAAGGCGCUGCUGGUGCAGAGCGCUGCAACCCUCUGGAUCGGCACCAGAGGGGGCCACCUGCUGCUGCUGGAGCUCUCCAAACAGCAGCCGCUGCAGCUCCUCGGGCCCUGCUGCAGCUCCGUCCGCUGCAUCGCCUCCGCACUCAUAGAAACACUAAACUGGAAGAACGUGGUGCUGGUUUUGGGCAGAAGAAUCCCUCAAGACUCCAGUCAGUUUGACGAGGAGUCGGUGCUGAUGGUGUGGAACAGCUCGCUGCCCCUGGAGGCCAAAGACCUGAACAAACACUGUGAGAAGAGAGAACAGAUCGCUGCCAAGAUGAGAGAGCAGCUCCACCAUGACUGAACCAGAAUGUUGAUGGAAAAGGGAUCGACUCUCCCGUGGAUCGACGUGUCGGCAGAACACGUCGAAGGAGACGUUUUACCUCAUUUUCUGACGGCCAUAUUUACUUCACAAUGCAAUGAACUAAUCAAAGAAGAUGAACACGUGUAAAAACAAGCUGACAUGUUUUACCAGACGAAGAUAAUCUGUAAUCUGUGAGUGAGACGCUUUUCUAAAAGGGACAGAUGUUUCUCAGCGCAGAUGUUCAGUCACACCUGUUUGUUUACCUGACGUUAAAAAAACUGAAGCUGGAAAGAAAGCCAAAGGAAAAAAAAGCCUCUAAAAGUGUAUAUUUGAUUAUUUAUUGUCACGUUUAUGUUUGUGUUUACCUGUGAACUCACUCACUCCACAUCUGUAAACAAAUGCUGCCGGCUUUGACAGAGUUUUAUGUCGUGUUGUGACAGAAUUACUCAGUAAAUAUUAUUUUAUGUACUGUGCCUGUUUAUGUAGUAAACAAGUAUUAUUUACAGAAAGUGCACAGAAUACAGCGAAUGAAUGAAGUGUAAUUGUUAUUUUUUUAUAAGUAAAAGUGCAUAAAAUUGC